UCAUUAGUAGUAAGCGGAAACGAAUAUCGACAGUCGAAAAAUUCAAUUUAAUUUAGUGUUGUGUGUCGAAACGUUCAAGUUGUUAAACAAGACUAAAUGCAGCUAGUUAGAAAAACUUCCUCGGCAAGAAGAUGUUGAUGUCAACUUUAGCCAGUCUUCUCCGAGACCACGGGGAGAACGCCGUCCUCGAAACGUCGGAAGUAAAAUUAAAACUUAAUAUGCGAAUAAGUCCCGUUUCUAUAAUGUAAUCAUAAGCAUACCUACCACAACCUAAAAGUAAAUUUCAAGCCAAGCAGGCUUUUUACGGUUUUCUGUUUUCUGACUCGAAUAUUAAAUUCACUUUAAAGUCAAGCAAAUCCAUUCCUGUAUAGUAAACGUUAUCAGCAAAGUAAUUUAAACACAUGACACAAUAUUAAUACUUAAGCAGCUACUUAUGGGCUCAAAUAGCAUUCUCAUUUCACCCGCAUCGUUCAUACAUACAUAUCUGAGCCACUUCACGAAGUUAAUGCACAUAGCUGACCCGCUUCGCGAAGCAAACGCAAAGAUGAAUUGCCUUUUCGUGCUGCUAUUUUAUUUUUGUGCGGACGCAUUUGCGGCCAGUGUUGAUGUCAAAACGUAUAGUGGUUAUAGAGAAUAUCAGGUGAUAGGCGACAAAGAAAGUCUUGAUAGAUUUGAAGAAAGUGCAAAAAGGUUUGAGGAAUUGUUUCUCAUUAAACGCUACAGUGCAACUUCGCUUCAAACCCUCGUGUCACCGGAGCUAGUCGACUUUUUCGACGAAACCGUCAAAAAGCUUAACUUACGAGCUACGCUUGUAUUUGACGAUGUAUCAGAAAUAAUACAGCAGGAAAAAGCUCCCAGCUUACGGAAGAAAGGUUUCUCCUGGUCCGCAUACUACGACAUUGAUGAUAUAUACGGCUACCUCCAUAACAUGAGUGUGACAUACCCUCAAUGGACCGAGUUGGUGGUUGGCGGGGAAAGCUACGAAGGCCGACAGAUCAAGGGGCUGAGAAUCAACACACCCGAUGGAAGGGCCGAGGGAAAACCAGCUGUUUUCAUCGAGUCCGGCAUCCACGCUCGAGAAUGGAUCACCCCCGCCACAACGACCUAUUUCAUCAAUCAACUGCUCACGAGCGACAACCCUGACGUUGAGGCCCUGCGGAAUCAAUUCGACUGGCACAUUUUUCCGAGUGUCAACCCUGAUGGCUAUCACUUUAGUUUUACUAAAGACCGUAUGUGGAGAAAAACUCGUUCAAAAUCAAGCAACGGCUGCUACGGAGCGGAUCCGAAUCGCAACUGGGACUACAACUGGCUUAAGCACGGCGCGAACGACAACCCCUGCGAUUACCAAGUCUACGGCGGCUCCAAGCCGUUCUCCGAGAUCGAGACCCGAACCCUGUCCAAGUACAUCUCUAACGUGGAGAACCUUCUCGGCUACAUUGCUUUUCACGCGGAUGCUCAGAUGCUGCUGCUUCCUUAUUCGGACUCAGAGGAGCAUAACGAUAACUACAAUGACUUGGUAACAAUCGGCAAAACAUCUUUAGACUACGGGUAUAAGGUGAAUCAUGCUAAAUAUGAUGGCCCUGCUACCGCUGCGGAAGUUCUAUACAAAGCCUCAGGCGGCAGCAUGGACUGGGUGCGGUUCGCUCUUGGAACUCAACUGGUGUACACGUAUGAGCUGAGAGGGUACUACUUCUACUGGCCACCAGCGCUGAUCUACCAGCAAGGAAACGAGGUCACGCAGAUGAUGUUGGGACUGUUUAAGGAAGCCGGGAAUCUUGGAUACUACAAAUAAUUUACUGUCCUUCUUUAUUAAGGCCGUUUUACUUAGUUUUUUUCUGACACAUACAGAGGGAAGGAUAUUUUAGAGUUUGUUUACGUAAAGAUUUUAAGAAUAAACUUUUAUAUUUAAUUUCACAUAAUGCUAAGCGAAAUCAUAGUCGAACUUUCGAUUAUAUUUUGUGUAGUUAAAGAUUUCGAAGUACGCACUACCAAUGUUAAAGAAAUCAAUAAAGCCUGUAAUACUAUA